AUGAAGACUUUAUCGGUUUGUUUCUUCUCCUUAUUUGUGUUUUUGCGCGUGAAAUGUUUGGAGCUGAAUGAGGCGGAACAAUUCUUCAACAGCAGACGAUACGGGGGCUUCGUCAGCGUUUCCGAAAACGAAAACUCAUUUAUCAUUAUGUCCAAUGGUUUGCCGGAUCACGCCCCCGAUGCACUUACAUCACAGCCAGUCAUACCCCGGAACAACAUCUUCAGCGUUCCAAAGAAUCCAACAAUAGCCGAAAAACCUGGAUGCCUUCCGAUGGGACCAAUCGGAAUCUCCCGCACCGGUGUUGUCAUCUUCAAUCCUCUCAAUAUAGAAGGUCAGAACGCCGUGGAAGGUGACACUGCCGAGCAGCUGGACGAGUGUAACGGUCAUCCCGACCCUAUGGGUGUCUACCACUACCACGCCCUCCCUAGAAACUGUCUUUAUAAGGGAGAAGAAGACGAGUUGAUUGGUGUAGCACGUGACGGGUUUCCAAUUUAUGGGCCAAUGGCGUCUGACCUUAAACGAGAUGUCAUGAAUUCUGAUCUUGACAAAUGCCACGGUCGGUUUGUCAACGGAAAAUAUCGAUAUCAUGCUACAAAUGAGUUUCCAUACUUCCUUGGAUGUCUGCGAGGAAACAUCCCUCGUCGAAUGGAUGAACUGACAUCUUGCAAUGAAACGUCAGCAUUUGACGAUAAAUGGGGUUACUUAUGUGCAUGCGAGAGACCAACUGCAAUGCCAGGACAGGGGCCAGGUCGUUUUCCUUCGGGAUUAGGAGGAAACGGAUCUCCAAGACCCAUAGGAUUUAUCCCUGGACAGGGUCAAGACCAGUUUGGAAGACGACAAAUUCUUCCUGGUUCCGUGAUAGGAGGGCAAGUUCCAGGACAAGUGUUUAUUGGUCGAAACGGACAACCAAUAACUGCUGGAAACCAGAUCCAAAUCGGUCCGAAUGGGCAAAUUGUAAACGGUCAAAAUCAACUACAAAUAGGAGCGAACGGACAAAUAAUUGGAAGAGGAAGUCAAAUACAAAUUGAUGGUAAUGGACAAAUGCAAGUCGUUCCAAACAGGAACCCUGUCCAGAUGCCUGUUUUGACAGGACCAGCAGCUAUUCAAGGUCAGGGACCGAGACCUCUUGGGUUUUUACCUGCACAACAAGGAGACGGAUCUGAACAGGUAAACGGAAUUCAAGGACAAGGUCAGAUUCCGAGACCUCUCGGUUUUUUACCUACACAACAACGACCGGAAGGAGAACAAGUAUCGAUAGGACCAAACGGACAAAUUGUAAAUUCUGGAAGUCAAGCCCAAAUAGGUCCCACCAGAAACCCUAUUCCGAUGGCUGUAACAUCAGGUCUGGCUGCUAUUCCAGGACAAGGACCACGACCCCUCGGAUUUUUACCUACCCAACAACGACCGGAAGGAGAACAAGUAUCGAUAGGACCAAAUGGACAAAUUGUAAAUCCUGGAAGUCAAGCCCAAAUAGGUCCCACCAGGAACCCUAUUCCGAUGGCUGUAACAUCAGGUCCGGCUGCUAUUACAGGACAAGGACCGCGACCCCUCGGGUUUUUACCUACGCAGCAACAGGGAGAAGGAACUCAACGGCUAAACGGAAUUCAAGGACAGAGUCAGAUUCCGAGACCUCUUGGAUUUUUACCAACUCAACAAGGUGAAGCAGAGCAAGUUACCAUUGGACCAAACGGACAGUUUGUAAAUUCAGGAAGUCAAAUUCAAAUCGGUUCCAACGGGAACACAAUCCAGAUGCCUGUAAUGACAGGCCCGGCUUCUAUUCAAGGACAGGGACCGAGACCCGUCGGGUUUUUACCUACGCAACAAAGAGAAGGCGGGCAGUUUUCGGGAAACCAAGGCCAAGGACAAAUCCCAUCUCCACUUGGGUUUUUACCGGUACAAAACGGACAGCAACCAAACGGAACUAUUCCUCAAAAUGGGGAACAAUCGAAUAUCGAGCAGACACGCUUUGUAAACAGUGUCGUUGAAAAUGGUGAUCAACAACGGAUUAUAAACAGAAUACAAGAAAAUGGUGGACAGACACGUAUUGUGAAUGGCAUCCAACAGCUUGGAGAUCAACCCCUUCCGAUAUUCCGUAAUGGUCUUGCACAGAAUCCCGACCAGCCAAUGACGAGACUAGUAAGGACACAGACGGGUCAAGUUAUUCCCGUAUUAGUAAACUCUGGUGCCCAGAAUGGACAGACCCUUGAUGUUCCACGCAUUGCUCGACCAAUUGGAAACAAUGGAAUGUUCCAACGUGCCCCAUUUGGUCAACCACCAACCACCUUCUUGACACCAAACGGUAGAGUGAUAUCACCAAGCAGCCCUCAGGUUCCAGGACAACCACCAAUGGUUGGAGCUCCGUUCGUCGAGCCAAAUGCCAACGGAAUGGUGAUAGGGUCACAAGGUCAGGGCCAAAUUAAACCUUUUGAUAAUCAGCCUUCAUCAAAUGGCGUGGUUCAAGGUCGAACUGAAACUAUUGAAGGAUUGGAGAUUCUUGACAAGUCGACCCAAGAAGAUAAAGAGGAGAUAUCCAAUGUCUUAAAAAAACCUUUUGACAGUCAACGUAGACGGUUGCCUAGUUUUGGUCAAUAUGGCCGAUAUAGGCUAUUCAAUAUGUAUUUAGGGAACAACUUCUGA